AGAGAGAUUACAGGGGCGCGUGGAGUCUCUGAAAAGCGAAUAAAGCCGGCGCGAGCGCCGCAGUUUAGUCACAUCUCAUGAGCAGGCGCACUUGACACUUGGAGAAAACGCCAGGACCUGUUCUAUGUGUAAAACGGAGAGUCUGCAGCUCAGCUGUGCGUUUUGUGUUCCGCGGUAAAAUGAGUCUUUUAACGGUCUGGCCGUUCAGUUUGUCUCCUGACGCGGAUAUUUUUUGAUGCGUCUUGGGAAUGUUCUUCAGUUUCAGAGUUUUCCUCCCACUAUGGACAAAGCACACAUGUCGAGCCCUAGUGACAUUAUAAUGGCGAGCUCAACAGGCUCCUACCAGCAGGAGCCCCUGACUCCACCCAGGCCAACGCACCUCCACUCUUCGUCCUCCUCCCUGUCCUCCCCCUCUCCCUCCUCGUCCUCCUCGCCCCUGAAGCCCAACCAGGUCGGCCAGGUCAUCCUGUACGGGGUUCCUAUCGUAUCACUGGUCAUCGACAACAACGAGAGACUUUGCCUGGCGCAGAUUUCCAACACGCUCCUCAAGAACUACAGUUACAAUGAGAUCCACAACCGGCGCGUGGCCCUGGGCAUCACGUGCGUGCAGUGCACGCCGGUGCAGCUGGAGAUCCUGCGCCGCGCCGGCGCCAUGCCCAUCUCGUCGCGCCGCUGCGGGAUGAUCACCAAGCGCGAGGCGGAGCGCCUGUGCAAGUCGUUCCUGGGGGAGAACGCGCCGCCGAAGCUGCCCGACAACUUUGCCUUCGACGUGACCCACGAGUGUGCCUGGGGUUGCCGUGGCAACUUCAUCCCUGCGCGCUACAACAGCUCCAGGGCCAAAUGCAUCAAGUGCUCCUUCUGCAACAUGUACUUCUCCCCGAACAAGUUCAUCUUCCAUUCCCACCGCACGCCGGACGCCAAGUACACGCAGCCCGACGCGGCCAACUUCAACUCCUGGCGGCGGCACCUCAAGCUCACGGACAAACACCCGCCCGACGAGUUGGUGUUUGCGUGGGAGGACGUUAAAGCUAUGUUCAACGGCGGCAGCCGCAAGAGAGCGCUGCCCUCGUCGGCCCAGUGCUCCUCCAUGGGCUCCAUGAAAAGCCUGUCGGGUUCCGUGGUGCCGCACAUGAUGGGACCUGAGCUGAGCUCUCAGAAAAGAGCCCGCUUUGAGGACGACGACGAUCUGGACGGAGGAAGCCUCUCUCCACAUAAGACCCCGCGCAGCUACCCCGUCAUCCCCGUCCCCAGCAAAGGCUUCGGCAUGCUGCAGAAGUUCCCGCCCACCUCGCUCUUCCCCUCGCCGUACCCCUUCCCAGCGUUUGGACUGUGCCAGCAGAAGAAGGAGGACAGCGACGUGUCCGCUGGGCAGAAGGGCUCAGGCCUCUCUGGCCUCCUAUGGCCUGGCCGCAAGGACACCUUCUACCCCCCCUUCUGCAUGUUCUGGCCCCCGAGGGCCGCAGGGGGGAUCCCCGUGCCCACCUACCUGCAGCCGCAGCCCAGCGCCCUCUCCUCCCUGGCAGACAACCCCUCUCUCAGGCAGGCCUUUCUGGACCUCUCGGACCCCAGUGAGCCCCCAGCAGUAGCCGGCACCGGUAACGGUGUCAGCUCGACCAUGGCCCCCAGCAGUGGGACCCCCACGUCGAGGUCUGGGCUCUUUGACGCAGAGGGCUCCACGGUGAUGCCCGAGCUUCGCCCUGUGGCCACAGAGGGCUGGCUCAAGCUCCUGGACAACCCCACCCUCCAAAGCAGGAAGCCCAGCUACGGCUCGGCCUUCCGCCCCGUCGUCAAGGACGCCGAGAGCCUCGCCAAACUGCACAGCAACGGAGGCGUCGCCGGGGCAACAGAGGAGGACUUCAGGGUGGCGGUGGCCAGGUCAGACCGCCAGCGGCGGCUCUCGCCGACGAGCAGCUGCAGCUACGGGAGCGAAAGCGGAGGCGAGGGAGAAGCGGAGGCCGGGGAGAGCGAGGAGGAAGGGGAGGUGGACGUGGAAUCGUCCAAGCAGGAGGACGAGGAGGACGAGGGGAGCUUCGCGGUCAGGCCGCCGCACGCGCAGCCCAGCCUGUACCUCGCUGCUCUGAGCGACGGCGCCGCAGAGAGCCGGGGCAAGGAGCGAGGAUACCCCGGCGCCUCCCCCCCAUCCGCCUCGGAACCCGUUCACCAGGAGUCCCCUGGCAUCCCCGCCUCACCUCCUGCCAGUUUGCCUCUCUCCAGCUCCACCCCACCUCACCGGGAAGAAGCGGCUUUCAAAAACGUUCACAAGAACAGGGACGAAGGUCUUCCUGCGUACGCAACCAAAGACAACUGCAGCAUCUCUGAUGAAAACAAAGAGCAGAGUAGUUUCUUCGCAGCGGACAGUGAGACGUCGGCCCCCGACUACUGGCGUGAGAGCUCAGGUGAUCAAAGCCAACGCGCCGCCUCUCCUGCGCCGCUGAAGAAGGACGUGGAGAACAUGGAGAAAGAGGAGCUCCAGAAGGUUCUGCUGGAACAGAUCGACUUCAGAAGGCGACUGGAGCAGGAGUUUCACGCUCUGAAGGGCACGUCGCCAUUUCCUGUCUUCCAUAAUUUCCAGGACCAGAUGAAACGAGAGCUCGCCUACAGAGAGGAGAUGGUCCAGCAGUUGCAGAUGAUUCCCUAUGCAAACAUCAUCAGAAAAGAAAAGAUUUCCCAUCUCAACAAGUAGCUGAAAGGCUUAGUCGACAGAUUUCCCCAGAAAAGGAGGAAACUACUAGGAUUUCUGUAAAUGUAAACAGAGAAAUGCAGAAGGGACACAGACAGAUGGACCGUAUAGUAUGUACAUACACAUUCCUGUUGUGUUUCUGAACAGAAAUCAUUUGGCUGCUGUGUCCAGACUCUGCUCAUAGCGCUGCCCUUAAGCUAUGAUAAGGUCAUACUGCCGUGUCAGGUCACGCCGGUCAGCAGUUCAUCCAUGUUCCCUCGGGGUUAGUUUCCCAAACUGAAUCAAAAGACAAACCAGUGACGUCAGAAGAACCCGGACCAGCGCCGCUGUUUUAGGCUCUCGGCUUUACUAAACCAGGACCAAAGCAACCACCGACUCCCUCCGUGCCCUGUGCAGGUGUGAAGACCUCCUGAAGGGAAGUUACAGACUUUGUCAGAACCCCUGAACGUCCAAAGCUCUUAAAAGAAGUGUGAGAGGAUACAGAGACUGCAUGUUAUGCUCUGAUGCCUGGCUGCAGGUUGUUUAAUUGUACAUACAUCAGACUUUAUGUGACAAUGGACUCACAAGAUUGAGGCUGUUGUCACUGUUUUUAUUGCAUCACCAAAAAACAGGAAAAACCUAAAGAACCAUAUUUUAUCCCAAAGGGUCCAGUUGUGUUUAUUAACUUAAACAGACACAACCCAUCAUUACCACCGAUUAUCAUCACAGUUAUUCAUCGCUGAACAGAUGAAAUGUUGGUGGAGACUUAAACAAGCUGCAUCUGUUAGAUGUCCCAAACUUGAAGAUGCCAGAUGAAGAACAAAAUAAAAGGCAAAAGGAACCAGAGCACAAUGAAUAUUUGUGUUCUGGAUUGUCUUUUCCCUAAUAGUGCGAUUAAACACGUAUUUACACAGGAUCGUAAGGGUGUCAUACUUAAUGCAAACGGUACUCGGGCAGUUUGCACUUCUACUGUAUUAUUUGGACGUGGUGUCUGAACAUACGAAUUACCUACAGUAUUAUGUUUACUGCUUACUACUGCAAAUGAUCGUGAUUUUCCAUUUUCUAUAUACAAGUAAAGGUUACAUGCACAUCCUGUGUCACAUCUAGAUUAUAUAUAUUUCACAAAUCAUCUUCCACUGUUAAUCAGUGAACAUAUCAAACCGAGCAGCAGGAGAAUGCGUUCCUUAGAUGCACAACGUCAGCAUCACAUUGAACAGACUCACUUCCAACCUGAGGUAAAUGUGUGCGUGUUGGCAGGUGAUGAGAGGACAUCCAGAGCCUCGUCAUGUGGACCCGUGUGCUCUGGGUCACACAGAGAAAAGACUGACGCUUGUCAGUGUUGUAUAUUUACCUGUAAAUGAUUUUACUCAAUUGUAUAAAAGGUCAUAUUGAGAGCACUAAACAUCACAGUCACUCUAUUUACAUGUGUUUUUGUUGUUGUUGUUAUUUAUUUGAGUAAUAAACCUGAAUGUGAAAAUAUUAUUUAUUAUAGUGUUAAGAGAAAGAGACAUGGUGAUCAUAAGUAUGUAUUCAAGAACAAAAAUGAGAACUCACCCCCUUGUUUCUAAGAUGAAAUGAAUGAAUGGUUAAAGGUAAAAGUCAUUUACUAAGAAAAUUGUAUCAUUAUAAACUGUCAAUGCAGAUGUAUUUAAAUAUGUUCUUGUAGUUUCUCUACUAUUUAUGUGUAAAUUAAAAGUCUAU